AAAAAAAAAACGCGCUUUUCGUCUCAGGCUUUUCAGGCCUACAUGGAGGCAAACUCAGAUGCAAUGCUGAAUGUUGAAAAUAUUACGUAAAGAAGCGCGAUGUUCUGUUUCUUACCACACUUGUGACUCAUCACUGUCAUCGAAGUCUACUUGUGCAAGGUGCACAACCGACUUUGCUGACUCUGCUCGUCAGCUUCUUCAUUCCCUUCCAUUCGCUUGGAAAGGUGCGGGACCGCGCAGACUGGUGAUUUUCGACGAGCACGGCGGAACCGUUUUGGCUAGGCAACAAGCAAAGAGAUACAAGCAUGUUCGAGUCAUCAUGUUCCAGCCCUUCUGGUUCACAACUCGGAGAAAUGCAGCCAUCCACAGUGGAUUUCAGCAGUCGACUCGCAACAGUAAAAUCGGAACCUUGCGACACUGAAUGCCUGCCAGAGCAGAGCCAGGUUCUGGAACAGCACUGCAGCGAGUCUCCGCUAGAAGGCGGUUCCGACGGGAUGACAGCUGGGCUGGGCCACAUUAAAAAAGAACAUCAAGACACAGCUUCGGAUGAACACGACGUCUUAGUAGCGACGACGGAACCUUACAAUGCCGUGAUUUUGGCUGGGCAGGACAGCGUGGGGCAGAGCCAUGACUCAGCGUCACAAGGUGACACGUCUACUGAGUUCAGGCCGAGCACGCACCAGCUGCUUCACAAGCAGGCACGCACGGGCGAGAAGACAUACAAGUGUGAUGUCUGCACUGCUGACUUCAGUCACAUCAGGAACCUGCAACGCCACAAGAAGAUACACACUGGCGAGAAGCCACACAAGUGCGACCUCUGUCCUGCAGAGUUCAUCCGCAGCACGAACCUGCGGGUUCAUAAGCGGACACACAUGGGAGAGAAGCCUCACAAAUGCGACCUCUGCACUGCAGCAUUUGGCCGAAUCUCGAACCUGCGACGUCACAAGUGGACACACGUGGCCGAGAAGCCGCACAAGUGCGACGUCUGCCUCGCGGAGUUCAGCCGCAGCACUGACCUGCAGCACCACCAGCUGACACACACGGGGGAGAAGCCAUACAAGUGUGACGUCUGUCCUGCAGAGUUCUGUCACAGCAGAAACCUGCAGCACCACAAGAAGAUACACACGGGCGAGAAACCGCACAAGUGCGACCUCUGUCCCGCAGAAUUCGUCCGCAGCACAAACCUGCAGGCUCAUAAGCGAACCCACACGGGCGAGAGGCCGUACAAGUGCGACAUCUGUCCCGCGGAGUUCAGCCAGAGGACGAACCUGCGGUGUCACAGGAUGAGACACACGGGCGAGAAGCCGUACGAGUGCGACCUCUGUCCCGCAGAGUUCAGCAGCAGCGCCGACCUGCGGCGUCACAAGCAGACGCACACGGGCGAGAAGCCGUACAAGUGCGACCGCUGUCCCGCCAGGUUCGGCCAGAAGACGAAGCUGCGGUACCACAGGUGGACGCACACCGGCGAGAAGCCGUACAAGUGCAGUACCUGUCCCGCAGAGUUCAGCCACAGCACGAACCUGCGUCGCCACGAGCAGACGCACUCGAGUAAGAAGCCGUAGGUUGCAACCUGUCUGUCCUGCAUGGUUCAGCCGUGUCACAAGCCUGCAGCGGCAUAAGCAGACACGCACAGAAAAACUAAAAAUUAAAACAUACAAGUGCGCGCUCUGCAGUGCCGUUCUCGUCCACCAUGCUUGUGGACGUUCCACCGUGUUGUCGAACGUCAAACUCGGCAUCACAUCACGUCAUGGCUGUUUGUUGAAUGCCAAACUCAAUGGCAUAUCAGGACCCAUCAUUUAACAUACAUCACAUCCUGUGCGCACCAUCACAUCAUUGUGAAUGGUGUGAUGGUGAAUGAUGCCCGUGAUGGCCGGCACGAGUGAAUUUGUUGACCUGUGCUCGGUAUUGGGAAGGCAAAGACAAACACAAAAAGGAUGCUACUACACGGUCACUGAACUGCCCGCCAACAUCUCCUUUAAUAAGGAAUGUGUGCUGGUGUUGUUCCCCCCUCCUCUUUUUUUCCUGUAAUGACCAAUGCUUACCAUGUAGUUUUAUUCGUAGCACCUCACUAACCAAGAAAAAAGUAAACAACUAAAUUAAAUGAAGCAACAAAAGAAAAUAUAAUGAAAAAGAGAUGUUUCCAUUUGGUUAAGGGUUUCGACAAGCAGAAGGUACGCAUCCUUCAGAAGAGGAAAACAAAAAAUAUAAAGAGUGGGACGAAACAAGUGCCUGUCGUUCAUGGAAAUGUUGACUUUGGUUGUGAGUUUGAUGUCUGUGUCGGGGUGUUGUUUUUGCGUUUGGCCUUGUCUAUCUACCCAGCAUCCAGUGUUUUACAGAAUUUAGGCCAAGGUGUAUGUGAGUGUACCCCAAUGUGAAACUUGUCAGCUAUGCCUGACCAAAGUGUCUGGACAAUAGAAACAUCCACACUAAUUGGU